ACACAACAUUACUGACUCAGUCGUUUUUAAAAAUUAACUUGAAAAAUAUGUAAACGUAUCAGAACUUCAUUACGGUGAUUGGAGAUACAUUUUAUUUUAUUUUUCUUCUCUUUCUAAAUGCAUUCUGCUAUAGACUGUUAUUGAGACCAGUCAAGCCUUAAAUAAAUACUUUUCUAUUCACUGUAUUGCCGAAUCAGAAAAUGAUCAGUAAUUCUGGAGCCGUGCAUGAAAGUAACGAGGAUAUCUUGAGAAUCAUAAAACUUUAUAAUCAAAGCACAACAAAAGGUGUAGACGAAGAGUCUAGUUCAAGUACUAGGUACCCUUUUCUCGCAAGAUAUCGCUCAUCUGAUCCUUAUGUCAUAAUUACAGCAGCGUUUACCAUAUUUACCAGUAUUUAUGUUGGCUACACUAUUCUACCUGUAAUAUUGUUUUUACUAGACCGUCAAAUAAAUAACGACAAGCAGAUUCGCCAAUCACUGACCAGUGAAAUUACGAUAUUUAUACUUUUGAGUCUGCACACUAUAGGGCUCAUAGGAGGUCUUUUGCUAUACGGAUGGCUGGGAUACAUGCUUCAACAGCGGAAGUUACUCGUUAUAUUAGGCACUCUUACUUCUGUCAUGACAACUACUGUAUUUAUAAUAUCGGACGAACAUUGGAUGCUGAUCCCCGCGAGUAUCUUACAUGGUCUAUCAAACGCAUUUAUAUGGCUUAUGAGCUCAACCAUAUUAGCAGACGUAUGGCCUCUAAGUAAGCUGGGUUUAAUGGUUGGUCUUAUUUGCGGACUUUACCCACUGGGAAUGACAUUUGGACUGACCGUUGGAGAAGCAAUAUCCAGUUAUGUGGAUCAUAGGUCUUCAUAUUUUUGUGGAAUAGGGCUCUCUAUUACAAGUCUUUUAAUGCAAUUGUUAAUGAUUGAAAAAUCAUCUUUACCUGUCGGCUGGAUGAAACCGAAAUCGGAUAAUGAAACUGAAAUGGGAUACCAUGACUUUAAAGAUAUGCAACAAAUGACGAAUGCAACAGAAGAAGGCGAAUGGAGUAAAAGUUCUUCCAUGUCAACAAUCAAUUUGAGAGACCAACCCGUUAUUUUUGAAAAAGACAGCGAGUCAAAUUAUAGCCGCUCCCAGAAGAACAAGAAAAAUCCAAUUUUUCAGCUUCUGAAAUCAUUACAUUUCUUUUCGUUAUUGUACCAAAUCACUAUCCUAUCAGUGGUAAUCGGUGCGUUAAAGCUAGCCUUACCGGAAAAGCUUUCGACCUACGUGUUUAUACCCAAAGACAUCUACCAUAAUCUGAUUUUUGGUACUUUCCUGAUUCCGUGUGCUGUGGCGUCAUUUACAAGUGGUUGGCUAUGUGACAGAUUUGGAACUAGAAUUGUAAGUCUUACAUCUGUAAUCAUAUCUAUUCCUGCGUUUAUUUGGAUUGGUGUGCCAAAUCAGAGUAUUGAGAGUAUUGUAUCUGCCCUUGUUGUUGGAGGAAUUACAAUCGCAGGCGCAGUUGUUGCAGUUGUGAUUGUUACUACAAAGAAGCUACAGAAAGCUACCCUUACUUGCUCAGAAAAAGAUGGUCUUAAAAAUGACCACCUGUCAUUGCCGACAAUCGCUUGUAUGAUUAUAGGCACAACGUCUGGGAUCGGGUAUCUCGCUGGAUCAUUUUUUUCAAGAUUAAACGCAACUACUGGAUUUUUCUGGUUUUGCUUUAUCCUAGCAUCGCUGUUAACUACGUGUGUACCAAUUAUGGCGCUUUAUUCAAAAAGCCAUAGUAUUAAGAGAGACAUAAAAUUAAAUCAUAAAAAAAGUAAAAAAUCGAUUGUCAACAACACCAGACCAGCAAGUUUUGCAGAAUCAAUUCUAUCAGAUGACACAACAUUAGGCUCGUCUUCUAAAUCAGUUUAUGAUGACUUGAUUAUGGAGAGAAAGUCUUCUAUCAUUGUCAUACCCUGA